CGCGCGAUACUCCGCGCGACGUGCGAUAAGAGAUAAUCGCGUGUCGAAGAGCGCGAUGGGCGCUCAGAAAGCAGCUCUCUCGGUCGAUCCGCGCCGACCGGAUACACAAGAGCAUACGAAAAGGACUUUGGCGUCGCUCCAACGACCGCUCGACGGCGACGCGUUGAGAGAUGUUCCUCCGUUUGCGGAACACGCGCACAGCGCGCACAGUAGACGGACGAGAGCCCGAGGUUUCGGCGAUGGCACUUCGGGUACGCUGACUCACCUCGUCUCGCCUCGAGCGCAAGGACUAGAAGUGCCAGAGAGCUGAAGGAAGAAGCCAUGUGUUAAAUACGUAAAUAACAUAAUAACGGAACAACACCGAUGACCGACUGUUACAAGUCUCCGGAGGUGAACACUGUUUUAAGCAAGGACGAUAUACACAAGAGAUACCAGGAUUCCGCGAUGGUGAUAUUCAAAGAGCAACAGAGCAAGAGGCAGGAAGUUGUCAAUUAUCUCAGUUUUGGAGACAGUCGUAGGACUACAGAAUACAACAGUAAUGGAAAUCAGCCCGUUAUCAUACGCAGGCCCGCAGAUUCGGUGAUUAGACAAAAUAAUCUCUUGCCGCCGCAGAUAUUAAGAGCUGGAAGAAAAUUGUACGAUAAUUUAAUGAAUAAAGCACGCCCAACCUAAUUGUUAGUUCAAUAAA